GGGUUGCAAGAUGCGCCAGGGAAAGGCCAGCGUCCUACAUAAAGAGUGCGGGACAGGGAGCCGGGCGGCACACACGGGGCAACACACCUUUCCGCACACACACGCGGCCAAAGGCACGGCAGCAAGAAGAAGAGUCAGGAGAAGAGUGGCACAGAGUAAGGAAGAGAGGGGGGAAAGGACAAAGGAAGAGAGGCAGGGAAUAACUGAGAAGAUAUGGCACGCUCAUGUGAACAAGGGAGCCCUGCCUGGGUCUGUGUGGGCACCCUGCUCCUCUUAAUCCACUUCCACUCAAUUAGAGGAGCUGCCCUGAAGCAGGAGGCAGCAUUGGACAAUGGGGCCACGGUGCUGAAUCACUCCAUGAGUUUGGUGCACCGUAUGGAGACCCUGCUGGCCUUGGGGAACGGCAGUGAUGUCACUCUCCGGGUGCAGACCAUCAACACGGACGAGGUGAAGGUGAUCCAGGCCCACAGCCUUGUUCUCACAAUGCAGAGCGACGUGUUUGAGGAACUGCUACUCAGCCGCAAUAACAGUGCUGUGGUUUUGAGGGAGACGCCCGACUGCGCGGCUGUCUUUGACAAGUUUGUCAGGUAUCUGUACUGCGGUGACAUCUCCGUACGGCUCGAUCAGGCCAUUUCCCUUCAUAAGCUUGCCAGCAAGUACCAUGUGUGGGGCUUGCAACAGGGUCUGACCCAAUAUAUGACCCAACAUCUGUCUAGUGAUUCGCCCACAGGCCAUGUAGUUGGCUGGUACAACUAUGCACUACAAAAUGGGGACAUGGCCCUGCGGGACAGCUGCCUGCAGUACCUGUCCUGGAACCUGUCUUCUGUGCUGCAGAGUGGAGAAUGGGUCUCCAUCAGUGAAGACCUGCUCCUCUCCUUGCUCCAGCGCUCUGAUCUCAUUCUGCAGAGUGAGCUGGAGCUCUUCGAGGCCCUGGAGGCCUGGAUUAACCAGAACCAGCCUGUCAGUGCCACAGUGGAAAGCGCCCUAAAGGCUGUUCGAUACGGCAUGAUCCCCCCUCAGCACCUCUUCCGUCUUCAGAAGCAAUCGCCCCUCAUGCAGAAGUAUUACGAGUCUAUCCGUGAUCUACUCUAUCUAGCUUUCCAAUUUCACUCUGCCUCACCUAUCCAACUGGCCAAGUACUUUGAUGUCAACUGCAGUAUUUUCACUCCACGUAACUACCUGUCCUCCUCCUGGGGUUCCCCUUGGGUCAUCAACAACCCCACCCGUGAUGACCGCAGUUUCAGCUUUCAGACCCAGCUUGGGCCCAGCGGCCACGACUCUAGUAAGAGAGUGACCUGGAACGCCCUGUUCUCCCCUCGCUGGUUCCCUCUCACUGCCAGGUCGACCUACGCUGAGCUGGGUGCCAUGCAGCCUACGCGUACAGAUGGAGGUCGACCCCGCAUCAUUGUCACACCGGCCACUUCAAGCCCGGACUUUGCCGGUGUGAGUUUCCAGAAGACGGUGAUUGUGAUGGCAAGACAGCAAGGAAAGGUGGUGGUUCGCCACGUCUACAACUUCCACCAAAGCACGGAGGAGGCCGGGGAUUUCCUUACAGAUGCCGACCUGCAGCGCCGUGCAUCUGAGUACCUUAUUGAAAGCUCCCUCUAUCUGCACAUUAUAAUAAAACCUCUCUACCAUACCCUCCUUGUUGCCAGGAAGUAAAUACAGGAAUUAGGUGUGGCCUCACCAUUGGUCAUCCACCCACACAAUCACAUGCACAUAUUCCAAAGUAAACUCAUAUCGCAGCACAUGUACAUGCGUCAGGUCUGUGACAUCUCCAUUGUUGAGUAGUUUGAGCAUUUUGUUGUCUUCCAACUAUUUAGUAAGGAGGCGUUUGGUACAAUAAAGGACAGACAAUUUAACGGCUCAGCGUUGAUUAUAACAUAUAUAAGUAUUUCACUCAUACUAAGAGAAAAAACACUUCACUGUACUGUAUUUGUUUGGGUAUUUUAUAGUUUUAGCAGUUUGUUCUUUGACUUUAUUAAA